UGCUCAGAAUCCCCGCCUACGGCUUCCAUUUCUGUUCUGGAACACACGAGCCCUCGCGAAGAAUACACAUUUGCUUUUCUGAAUUUGUCUUCUAAUGUAAAUAGAGUAGUAAGUGCGACAUAUUGACGAAGUGAAACCUAUUUAUAUUUGGAUAAAUAGUGUUGUUUUUUUUUCCGUUGAAGGACACGUUUGAGCUCCAGAAGAAGCGAGGCGGGCUUUUAUUCCCCAUUUUAACUUUAGUGAGCGGCGUUUUCCGCCGUUUUUUUAUUCCCUCCCCUACCCCUCUCUCUCGCUCCCCCCUGUGAGAGUCGCGGCCUGUAGUGCAGCCACGAGGCGCGUCGGACCACCGGGAAUCAGGCGAUGGCGGAGUUUGGUAACGGACUGGCGGAGGAAUCUCUGCUGGACUCAGACCCGGGACACUCAGAACUUGAAGACCCAGGCGUCGGCGAUGAAGAACCGGGAUUAGACGAGGGAGAGGCCGCUAUUGAAGAUCCGGAGCUGGAGGCAAUUAAAGCCCGGGUGAGAGAGAUGGAGGAGGAGGCAGAGAAACUGAAGGAGCUACAGAACGAGGUGGAGAAACAGAUGAAUCUCAGUCCUCCACCUGCUGGCCCUGUCAUUAUGUCCAUUGAAGAGAAGAUGGAAGCAGAUGGGAGAUCUAUUUACGUUGGAAAUGUGGAUUAUGGUGCAACGGCAGAGGAGUUGGAGGCGCAUUUCCAUGGCUGUGGUUCCGUAAACAGAGUCACCAUCUUGUGUGACAAGUUUACAGGACACCCCAAAGGGUUUGCAUAUAUAGAGUUUGCAGACAAGGAGUCUGUUAGGACAGCCAUGGCACUGGAUGAGUCUUUAUUCAGAGGAAGGCAGAUUAAGGUUGGGGCCAAGAGAACAAAUCGUCCCGGCAUUAGCACCACAGACCGCGGUUUCCCUCGGGCCCGCUUCCGCUCACGGGGAGGAAACUUUUCAUCCCGGGCGCGCUACUACAGUGGCUACACACCCCCCAGAGGCAGAGGACGGGCCUUCAGGGGCCGAGGGCGAACAACAUCGUGGUACUCCCCUUACUAAUACCUCCCCACCCCCCCCUAUGAAAUCCCCCCCUUACUAUCAUCCCGUAUCCCUAUAGAAAAGAAAAAAAGACCCCUCUCAAAAAAGGAAGAAAAAAAGAAGAAAAAAAAAGACAAAAAAAAAAAAAAAAAGGAAAAAAAAGAAAA